AUGGACGAAGUCAACAAAAAACCAUUUCCCAAUCAGGCCUCGGCCGAUCUGAAGGAUGAGACCGAGAGCAAUGCCACCGUCUUUGGUGACGACAACUCUCGACCCAAUAGCCCUCCCAACAGCCCUCCCCACAAACCAGCCAACGACUGGGGGUUAUUGAAUCGAGUCCAAGAACAGCAUGAGCGAGAGAUGGCGUCCGGUUUCAAACGCCAGGAAUUAGGAGUCACUUGGCGAGACUUGAGCGUGGAUGUCGUCAGUGCUGAAGCUGCAGUGAACGAAAAUGUCCUGUCACAGUUCAACAUCCCCCAGCACAUCAAAGAAUCUCGAAACAAGACCCCCUUGCGGACCAUUCUGAAUAAGAGUCAUGGAUGCGUGAAACCUGGCGAGAUGCUUCUCGUCUUGGGACGACCGGGCUCAGGAUGCAGCACGCUACUUAAACUGCUGUCUAACCAUCGAGGAGGAUACCAAUCAGUCACAGGCGACGUGCGCUUCGGCUCACUCACCCCCAAAGAGGCGAAAGCAUACCGUGGCCAAAUUGUUAUGAAUACCGAGGAAGAGCUAUUCUUCCCAACAUUGACUGUCGGUCAAACCAUGGACUUUGCAACUCGCCUCAAGGUUCCCUUCAAACUUCCCGACGGCAUUCAGUCCCCACAAGAAUUUUCCACCGAGUCAAAGAAAUUCCUUAUGGAAGCGCUCGGUAUCUCCCACACCGAGGACACCAAAGUUGGCAACGAGUUUGUUCGUGGCGUGUCUGGCGGAGAGCGUAAACGUGUUUCCAUCAUUGAAUGUCUUGCCACCCGAGGAUCCGUCUUUUGCUGGGAUAACAGUACUCGCGGCCUUGAUGCUAGCACUGCAUUGGAAUGGACCAAGGCUAUCCGUGCAAUGACAGACACCCUGGGAUUGUCGACUAUCGUGACACUCUAUCAGGCAGGAAACGGUAUUUACGAUCUUUUCGACAAGGUUCUUGUUCUGGAUGAGGGUGAGCAAAUUUUCUACGGCUCCCGUGCUCAAGCGCGCCCUUUUAUGGAACAGGCAGGCUUUGUCUGCCGUGAAGGUUCAAACAUCGCCGACUACCUCACUGGUGUGACGGUUCCCACCGAGCGUCGUAUCCGCGAGGGAUACGAGAAUCGAUUCCCACGAAACAAAGACACACUGCGCCAACUCUACGAGACAUCUCCAAUCUAUCAAGAAGCUAUCUCCGAGUACAGCUAUCCUGAGUCCGAUAUUGCACACCAGAGGACUCAAGAUUUCAAGGAUGGUGUAGCUCUCGAGACAUCGAAACGUCUACCCAAUGACAGCCCCUACACCGUGAGCUUUGGUGAACAAGUGAAAGCCUGCAUCGUGCGUCAGUAUCAGAUUAUCUGGGGUGACAAGCCGACUUUCAUCAUCAAACAAGUUGCUACCCUCGUCCAGGCGCUCGUGGCUGGGUCACUCUUCUACAAUGCCCCAGAUAACUCGGCCGGUCUUUUCACAAAGUCCGGUGCGCUCUUCUUCUCUCUUUUGUACAAUAGUCUUCUUGCAAUGUCCGAAGUCACAGAAUCAUUCGAGGGCCGUCCAGUUCUCGUCAAGCACAAAGGGUUUGCCAUGUUCCACCCCGCUGCUUUCUGUCUUGCCCAAAUCACCGCCGAUAUCCCGGUGCUGUUGUUCCAAAUCUCAAUGUUCAGUGUUGUCGUGUAUUUUAUGGUUGGAUUGACCAUGUCGGCUGGUGCCUUUUUUACUUACUGGGUUUUGGUGUUUGCUACGACCAUGAGUAUGACUGCUCUCUUCCGAGCAGUAGGAGCACUUUUCAAGACAUUCGACGGUGCCUCUAAAGUUUCCGGUUUCCUUAUCGCCGCGCUGAUCAUGUACACCGGCUACAUGAUUCAGAAGCCCCAGAUGCAUCCCUGGUUUGAGUGGAUCUUCUGGAUCGACCCCUUGGCGUACGGUUUCGAGGCUCUUUUGUCCAACGAAUUCCACGGAAAGCACAUCGACUGUGUCGGCGUCAAUCUCAUUCCUCAAGGCCCCGGCUAUCAGAAUAGCGCUCACCAAUCCUGUGCCGGUGUCGGGGGUGCUCUUCAGGGAAACACCUUUGUCACCGGUGACCAGUAUCUCGCAUCACUCUCUUACAGCCAUUCGCACCUGUGGCGAAACUUUGGUAUCAACUGGGCAUGGUGGGCACUCUUUGUGGGCGCCACUAUCUUUGCAACUUCUCGAUGGACAUCUCCCAGCGAAAAUGGAAGCUCGUUGGUGAUUCCCCGAGAGCGUCUGAAGCAGCAUCAUCAUCAUCAUCGCAGUGCAGCCCUCGAUGAGGAGUCUCAAGUUGCCGAAAAGUCCAAAACUCCUUCUGAGGGAGAUGCCCGCGAUGAGAGCGACGUUGAGAAUCAAUUAGUGCGAAACACUUCAGUGUUUACCUGGAAAGAUCUGACCUAUACAGUCAAGACUCCGAGUGGCGAUCGUGUUUUGCUUGAUAAUGUGUAUGGCUGGGUCAAGCCGGGUAUGCUUGGUGCACUCAUGGGUUCAUCUGGAGCUGGAAAAACGACACUGCUUGAUGUUCUCGCUCAGCGCAAAACCGAGGGAACCAUCAAGGGAUCUAUUAUGGUCGAUGGACGUCCUCUGCCUGUGUCGUUCCAACGCUCAGCUGGUUAUUGUGAGCAACUGGAUGUCCUUGAGCCUUUCGCCACCGUCCGGGAGUCGCUUGAAUUCUCCGCCCUGCUUCGCCAGGCACGGGAUGUCCCGCGUGAAGAGAAACUAAAAUAUGUGGAUACUAUCAUCGAUCUUCUUGAGCUCCAUGACAUCGCCGAUACUCUUGUUGGUCGCACCGGGGCCGGACUGAGUGUUGAGCAGCGCAAGCGUGUCACUAUCGGUGUUGAGCUUGUUUCCAAACCCAGCAUUCUCAUCUUCUUAGACGAGCCUACUUCCGGUCUGGAUGGACAAUCUGCCUACAACACAGUCCGCUUUUUGAGAAAGUUGGCCGAUGUCGGUCAAGCUGUCCUUGUCACCAUCCAUCAGCCAUCAGCCCAAUUGUUUGCCGAGUUCGAUACUCUUCUCCUCCUCGCCAAGGGUGGAAAGACCGUCUACUUUGGUGAUAUUGGCGACAACGGAAACACUGUCAAGCAGUACUUUGGUCGCUACGGUGCCCCGUGCCCACCCAAUACCAACCCGGCCGAACACAUGAUUGAUGUCGUCUCCGGCAACCUCAGUCAAGGUCGGGACUGGAACCAAGUCUGGCUUGAAUCCCCAGAACAUAGCCGGGCAGUCGAGGAGCUCGACCAGAUCAUCAACACGGCCGCUUCUAAGCCACCGGGUACUUUUGACGAUGGACAAGAGUUCGCCACCUCCAUCACGGAACAGACAAAGCUGGUCACUCUUCGCAUGAGCACUGCUUUGUUCCGCAACACCGACUAUGUCAACAACAAGUUCGCCCUGCACAUUGGCUCUGCUCUUUUCAACGGGUUCUCUUUCUGGAUGAUUGGUGAUAGUAUCGGCGAUAUGCAAUUGCGUCUGUUUACCAUCUUCAAUUUCAUCUUCGUCGCGCCCGGUGUGCUUGCCCAACUGCAGCCACUUUUCCUGGAACGUCGUGGCAUUUACGAACAGCGCGAAAAGAAGUCAAAGAUGUACUCCUGGUGGGCUUUUGUCACCGCUCUUGUGGUUUCGGAAAUUCCAUAUCUGAUUAUCUGUGGCGUGCUCUACUUCGUCUGCUGGUACUGGACCAUCGGCGCCGAAACCGCCGCCAGCAAAUCGGGCCCAACUUUCCUGAUGAUGCUCUUGUACGAGUUUGUGUACACUGGAAUUGGUCAAUUUGUUGCCGCCUACGCCCCCAAUGCCACAUUUGCCGCGCUGGUCAACCCGCUCAUCAUCGGAACCCUGGUCUCCUUCUGUGGUGUCCUGGUGCCUUAUGCUCAAAUCGAGGCUUUCUGGCGCUACUGGAUCUACUGGCUGAACCCGUUCAACUAUCUCAUGGGUGGACUUCUCGUCUUUAACCUGUGGGAUACCGAUAUCCAAUGCAAGGAUAGCGAGUUUGCUAUCUUCAACCCACCCAAUGGCACCACUUGUGGCAAAUACCUGGAGGAGUUCAUGCAGACGAUUGGCUCGCGAAUGAACUUGGUCAACCCUGAAGCGACUGAGAGCUGCCGCGUGUGUCAGUACACGCAUGGAAGCGACUACUUGUACAAUCUUAAUUUGAAAGAGUACUACUACGGAUGGCGAGACAUUGGCAUUGUGGCACUGUUUGCUCUCAGCUCUUACGCCUUGGUUUAUCUGCUGAUGAAGCUGCGGACCAAAGCUUCUAAGAAGGCAGAGUAA